CGCGAAAACGCGACUUCGCAACAACACUGCCGUUGAGUUUUCUGAACAUAACCAAUAAUAUCGUACUUCCUGGAUACAGUUAACGAGUUGUGUUUGGUUUCAUCAAUUUGUAUUAAAGUCUGUCAGCAGAUUAUAAGAUCUAAUCAUGAGAAGUUUGAUUGUUCUACUGUUGGUGGCAAUAUUUGCUACAGGACAAACUAUCUCAUUCAACAAGAUUUUGGAUGCAGAAUGGUUUAUUUUUAAGAUGCAUCAUAAAAAAGUAUAUACAUCCCCUAUUGAAGAAGGUUACAGAAUGAAGAUUUUCUUGGAUAAUAAGCGCAAAAUUGCUGAACAUAAUCGCAAAUAUGAGAUGAAUGAAGUUUCCUAUAAGUUAGGAAUGAACAAGUAUGGGGAUAUGUUACGUCAUGAAUUUGUUAGUAUUUUGAAUGGCUUUAAUAAGUCUGUUAGUACUCUAAAGCAGCAGUUUAUAGGUCCAACUUUUAUCAUGCCAGCUAAUGUUGAGUUACCACAAGAAGUUGAUUGGAGGAAACAUGGUGCUGUUACUGAAGUAAAAGAUCAAGGACAUUGUGGUUCUUGUUGGGCAUUCUCUUCGACUGGAGCUUUAGAAGGACAACAUUUCAGAAAGACAGAUAUAUUAGUAUCAUUAAGCGAACAAAACUUGGUUGAUUGUUCUGGUAAAUUUGGCAACAAUGGAUGCAAUGGUGGUUUAAUGGAUAAUGCCUUCGAAUAUAUCAAGGAAAACAGAGGCCUUGAUACUGAAAAGAGCUACCCAUACGAAGCAGAAAACGAUAAAUGCAGAUAUAAUCCUAGAAACAACGGAGCUACUGAUGCUGGUUAUGUUGAUAUUCCAGAAGGAAAUGAAGAGAAACUUAAAGCUGCUGUCGCUACUGUAGGUCCAGUCUCAGUUGCUAUUGAUGCUUCUCAUGAAUCUUUCCAUCUUUAUAGUGAAGGAAUAUACUAUGAACCCGAUUGUGAUUCUGAAAACUUGGAUCAUGGUGUAUUAGUCAUCGGUUAUGGUACAGAUUCAGAAACCAGUGAAGAUUAUUGGUUAGUGAAGAACAGCUGGGGUGAAACGUGGGGUGAAAAAGGUUAUAUUAAGAUGGCCAGGAACAAGAAUAAUCACUGCGGUAUAGCAAGCAGUGCCAGCUAUCCUCUCGUUUAAUUUUCGUUAACAAGUUAUAGUGCGUCAUUAUUUGUUCAUUUUUAUGACAAGGAUGUAAUAUAGUUUUCAGAUUUUUAUGUAUUUUUAUCUUUUUAAUGAGCUUGCGUAAUAAUUCUAUUUUUAAUAGUAACAAUCUUAGUUUUUAAGUUUUGACAUUUAAGAAGAUGCUAUAUCUGUUUUACCGACA